AGGUAAACAUGUUGUGUCAGCUGUGUCUCUGAAGGAGGGAAGGGACCGGUAUCUCUGUAACCGGCCCGCUAGAUUCGCGGUUGGAUGCUUAAAUCGUGCUGUUAACUUGCGAGUCAACUUUAUUAUGGCUGCUGAAGUGAAACUGGUGCUUGCGGGCCUCCUGAGUGCCUUGCUGACAUGUGGAAUAUACGAACAUGUUGUGAACAUUGAACCAAAUAAGUGUGAAAUGACAUAUAUGUAUCAACUUCCACAGUACAUUCCAAUAAAAUUAUCUGCUGAAGUGGUUGAACGUUUCCCGUAUUAUGGAGUUUAUGCAUAUGGAGAAGGCAGCUACUCAGAUUCAUUGAAGAAAGGCCUUUACACGGGUAUCCCAGUUCUCUUCAUACCUGGCAACAGUGGCUCCCAUAAGCAGGUGCGAUCUUUAGCAUCUGUGGUUCACAAAGCUCUUGAUGAUGAAACGGACUUUCACUUUGAUUUCUUUACUGUUGACAUCAAUGAAGAAUUAGGGGCAUUUUAUGGACCAGCAUUGGAGAAACAGACAGAAUUUGUUUCCAUUGCUGUGAACCGCAUCCUCAGGUUGUAUGGUGAUGCUCCAGUUACACCCGAGUCUUUAAUCCUUGUUGGUCAUUCUAUGGGAGGUUUGGUAGCAAGAGCAGUGUAUACAAAUAGAAGCAUAACAGUAUCUACGGUUCCACUCAUCAUUACCAAGGCUACACCACACACCCGCCCGUUGGUGAUUUUGGACCAACACCUUGAGCAAUUCUAUGAGAAAGUUAACACAUAUUGGACCAUGGAACGCCCCUUUGACUUAAAGGAUGUUGUGCUUGUAUCUAUUGGAGGUGGUAGGAAUGAUGUACAAGUACCAACAUCACACACUCAUACACCUCUUGCUGAUAUUGCAACUACAACAUCAGAUGUUCCAUCUUGUUGGGUAACCGCUGACCAUCAAGCCAUUGUCUGGUGCCGGCAGCUGGUGUUGGCAGUUGUACGAGCUCUGUUUGAUUGUAUUGAUCCACGUACGUUAAUGCUAACGACCAACAGGAAGCUCAUAGUUGAUGUCUUUGACUAUCAUCUUUCAAAGAGGAUCACAGGAAAACGCUACAAGAGUGCUUUUUACCCGACUACUAUUGAGUUUGACAAAGAGGCAGAAUGGAAGGAAUUGCCAAAACGCCAACAUACUCAUGUAGCUAAAGCAACACCACAUAGAACCUAUCUAAUGAUCCCUAUAAACCCUGGUCAUCAGCUGUAUCAUCAGGCAACCAUUGUUGCUACAAAUCUGGAUAGUAAAAUCUGGGUCAUGGCUUGUAAUGCCAACAUUGUACAGAAAGAGAUACGAAAGUGCUUGACAGGUGAAAACUUAUCCAGUAAAACCAAGAAGUUGAAGGGUAAAUUGAAGACUGUGGAACUAGACAUGGGGACCCUUGGAGCAGCUGGUCACACACACAUCAUUGUCCACAUUCCUACAACAGAUGAGAAGGUGCAAGUUGCCAUAGAUAUCCACAGUAAGAAUGGACGGCAAAGAGCCAUUGAUGUGCCAGCUUUUUUUCGGUCAUUUAUGCAGACUUUGAUUGUGGAUACCACGCCUCAGAAAGCUCUGUCUUACAAUGUAACUCUAAAAGGUUUACAAGAUAUGUGGCAGUCAUUUAAGAUUAUUGUGCGACCUCGCUCUACAUGUGCAACAGAAAAUGUACCAGUGGCAAAGAUGUACACACCAUGGGUUCAGAAAGAGUCUUCCCUGGAGAGUAGUGGUCCAGGUAUAUCCUACAUUGCUGAGCUCAGUAUUCCACCUCUUGAUGAUAAUUCCUCUGCGAGUAUCCAGUUUAUUCUGAAUCCUGAAUGUACUUACUCCAUACUUAUCCAGGGCAGCUUUAUUGGAGUUUUCCGGCGUCUUGUGUGGCUGUAUGGGUCCCAGGUUCCCACCUACUGUGUAAUUCACCUCCUCCUCACCCUUGCCAAGCAGCUUCGGAUGAUUGAGAAGGAUGGAUACUGUCCAUCAUUCUUUUCAUCCAUGCUUAGCCUCACACCUUUGGCUGUUGUUCCUUUUGUUAAAAUCGGCAGCCUUGUACUAAAGAAUCUGGAGAUAAUUGAUGAUAUGGUAAUUAUGAGUAAUAAUGGAGAGGAUUUGCCAGUCCUCCCAAUAUUGUUGUUCUUAGGAACGUUACCUCUUACAUUAGCAUUGGGUGCAGCUGCUUGGGGUCUGAUCUUACUUAGUGGCAAUGCAGCACAUUCUUUUGUUGUAAGGAUAUUGGGGCAUUCUCUAGGUGGAACAGAUAUUGUUGCUGAUCUAGCAGUGUCAGGACUUUCACGGGUGCCAAUGCUAGUGGGUGUGGCACUCAUUUCUCUGGCUUAUUCUUCAUGCGGCACACUGGCACUGAGUUUGGCUGGCAUAUUUUACUUCAUAAAGGUGUUCAAACUGUAUGAAGAUUACAUUGAGAAGAUAGUAUUGGGACUAAUACCAGGUGUAUCUGGUGAUGGAAGCACCACAGAUCGAGCUCUCUCAAGAGUACACUUCCAUCUGACUCUCAUGAUGUUGGUGUUCCUUGUUACCGUCAUCAACAUACCUACUUUGAUUAUAUGGAGCCGAUUAAUAAGGAACAACCUACAGCUUUCAGAAGACCCAACACUGAUGGUAACAGUUGCCAUUCUAGUCACUCUUUGUUUCCUGUGGCAGAAGAAGCUUCCACAAGCCAAAAGAAAAUACUACAAAGAACUAUCAUACAUAAUACACUCCAUAGCAGUUAUUGCACUCCUGUUUGGCAGCGUGCACAUAUAUCGUGUAUCUUAUCUCGUGGUGGGAGCCCUGGCUUUAGUUGCUUUUCAUCAAAUUGUGGCUCCUACACCUGAGGAUAUCCAAGAACAAGAUCAUGACUCACCAAGCAGAAGUAGCCAGCCAUACAUGGCUCAGGUAGGAACUGAAGAUGCUACAGCUUCUAAUGGUAGUCACUCGGAAACAAGCACACCUGGUUCUGACCUCUCACAUGAUACUGUGGGGUGAGGCAAUGAGUUGGACUGAGGUAUGGAGCUCAUGUGUACUUACGGAGGAGCAAAAAGUCUAUGCUAUGACAUUAGGUAUAUGAAUUUGCUAUUACAUUUAGUUAUCUGAAGUUGUACUUAAUUUAAUUUCAAUAUUGCUCAUCAUGACUUGCGUCUAAAAAUUUUACAGUGAGAUGAUAGUGAAUGAAUACUAAAUAAUAUAUACAGGAGUGCUUCGCUUUAUAAAAGGAAUAUAUGUUUCUGAAAAAACCUUUUGUAAAUUGAAGCCAUUUUCCCAUUGAUAAUGUUUCUAUGAGAAAAAAAGUCCCUCAAAUGUCAAAAUUCAAAUUUUUUAGCAAUUUUUGUGGGAAACAUUAAAGCUAUCCCUCGAUAUACAAGUGGUUAGGUUCCAAGAAAACCAUUCAUUAGGUGAAUUUUCGUAUCUCGAAUAGAAGAACAUAUGGAAAAAAUAGGGUUCAGUUCCCCAAUGACAAAAAUAACCCAAUAUUAUAACCUAAAAAACAAAAUUGAUUUACAAACAAGAAAAAAAACCUACCUAACAAAUGAUAAAUGGUGCACAAGUACUUUAAUUUACUACAUAACACACUAAAACAUUAAUAAAAUACUAUCUAGAUGAAAAUAUGCAGUAAAACUAUUUAGGAAAAGCUUAUCAAAGUUUAACACAGCUGCCAGUGGUGCCAUUUGCAUAGAUGCUGUCUGCUUCAAGCGUUACCAUAGCAACGCAGCCCGGCUGCCUCUGCCGCCGCUUAGCAAUGCUUCCCCUCCCGCUUUCACACGCAAAGAAAUAUUUAUGCCCUGUAUGUUUUUUACUUUGAUUGCUAUUUCUUUUACUUUUGCACAUUAUGUAUGUAGAUUGUGUGUGCAUGUAACCAGUUAAAAAAAAAAGGGUGAAGAAAGUCAAGUUUAUCUAUCCAAAACUACGAGUUGAAAUAUAAGCAUGACAUCCUGCUAACUCUCUCUGCUGCACAAAGAAAUGUUUAUUACUUUUAUAUUUUUGACCUUAUGAUAAUAUCAGUAUAUUUUUUAUUUAUAUUUUGCACAUUUUGUAUUCAGGAUUGUGUGUGCAUUAACUGAAUGAAAAAAUAUGAAGAAAGGAAUGUUUACUGUAUACAGUACUGUGUACUCGAAAUUACAAGUUGAAAAAUAACCAUCACAAAACUCCUACUUCAGCCUGGUAGGGAGAGAGUUUGGGGGAUGUGGCCGCCUCAGCUGACUUGAAUUUUUGUCAGGACCCAAAUUCAUAUAAGCUUUCGUAACACGAAAAAGAGGUGCUAAUUUAGGAAAUUUGUAUAAACGAAUUUUUGUAUCUCAACCAUUCGUAUAUCAAGGGAUACCUGUACUUCUAAGAAUAAGUACUAAUCAUAAUAACAUUAAUAAAGAAGUACACUACAGUAUCAAGUUUAUUUAAUCUAUAUUAGAAUAUAUUUCACUUUUGGGAAACUGUAGGUGGUCGAUGUUAAGGGUGAUGGUGUGGCAGGAUCGUGGUAGAUGGGGCUACUCGGAGGAUGAUGGUGUGGGAGCUGGAACAUCGCCUCACCAUCACCACCACCUUCAUGUAACAUAACUGUUUAUGCAUAUAUAAGCAUAGAAAUGUUCCCACACACUAGCCUGCACCACAGUACACUACUUACUGUCCGUUUUCAGCACGGGAUGCUCUCAGAUGCGUUUGUCAGACAGACUCAGCCUCUUCCGAUGCUGCAAAACAAAGUUUUUUUGUUUUUCAUAAAAGCAGGGUUUUCAAUAAUAUACCAAAGCACGAACAAAAAAAUGUAUUAGGGAAUUUUUUUUAAUCAAGGUUUUGUUAAUCGAAGUACUCCUGUUUAAAUGCUAAGUUAUUAAUAUUUGUGCAGCUGGUGGUUCCGGUAUGACCUCUUUCUUUCAGUUUGUUUUAUUCUUUUGCAUCUUAUGUUUACUAAACUUUAUCAUUGCACUAUUGGUUAAGAAACCCAAAUAAAGACAUUUAGAUUUGUGACAUUUGAUUUCUCAUAACUUAAAUGAUUACUUUCUAAAGGUAUUUCUACACUGUGAAGUGAGAAUAUUACUUAAUUAUAGUACUGUAUGUUAUCAGGUAUGUGCCCGUAUAUAGUGUUAAGACAAAGAAUGUACGGUACUGUAUGUAAAUUUUGUAUAGGAAUUUAGCUUUUUGGUGAAAUGUAUCGAAGACUAGAAGGGUAUUUUUAAGUUAUAAACUCUUGAUUUUCUUCAUGUAAUAUUGUUAGUACAAAGUUAAACAAAGAUUUUUGUUACAUUGAAACUUGGGUGCAGCUAGAUGAUAUGAGAGUAACAUUAUACAGUACCUGUUUUGGAGAGUUUUACUUCAUUAACUGGUGUGAAUAAGUUUUUAUUAUUAUUGUUGUUAUUGUAAUUAUUAAUAAUAUUAUUAUUAUUAUUGUCAUCUUUGGGUGCCGGUAUACAAUAUGAGAUACAGCUUUGAAGACCAGCACUCAAACUCCAAAGCAAUGUAUCAGGAGGAUUAAUGUACAGUAAUUAGUUUUGUAUGGUGUCACAUGGGUAAAUACUUUCAUGUAUAUCUAGAAAAUAGGCUUUGAAUAUUAACUUAUAUUAGUUUUAUAAUUAGAAAAAUACAUGUACAGUAUACUGCACUGUAUACAGAAAUGAUUAUACAAUGUAAUAUAAUACCAUGUGUGUAGAUUUUUAGGGACAUAUUCUUGCAUACAAAAGUUUGAUGAGUGUCUUAAUAUGCCAGUACAGUAAUGCACUGCAGGAUCUCGGGUUUGGGUUCCUGGAGACCUUGUGAACAUGAUUUACUUAGGACUUAAUUGGGACGAUAAUAUUCCUGAAACCACCACCAGCCAUCCACAUUCCUUCCCCACCUCAUCCCCUUCUAAGUUAUAAUUAUGUUGCCAGCACAUUUUUGCCUCAUUCACUUUACCACUACAACACUUCACAUUUUCUAUUUUAACAUGAAAUACAAAUGAAACACGCUUAUAUAAAAUUAACUUUCACCUUUACACAGUAUUAUGUAACUUCCCUUCCACCAUCACCAGUCAUAUGUACACAGCACAUUGAUGCCUCACCUUCUCUCUAUCACUUCAACACAUCACAUUCUAGAAUCAUAUAAUAUAUAUUCCAAACAUACUGUACAGUAUGAAAUUAAUAUUCACCUUUAUGCUGAUAGCUAAAUCACACUGAACACAGUAAAUAUAGGCAACAUAAAUGUAACCAAGAAAUGUAAACAUUAAGGUGAGCAUGGUUAUAGCUCGGUGUCACAUAACAAAAAGCAUGAGAACGUAAGGAUCAAAGGAAAUUUAUCACACAUGCGGUCAUACACUAGCCUCACUGUAUGGGUACAGGUAUGUGAAAGUCAAAAUACUUACAAAAUAGAAAAGAAAAAAUCCACAAUGACAGAAAACUUACAAAUGGGUGCCAGUAUUAUUUGAGGAUUAAAUGAAACCUUUGCUGGAUAUGGCCACUUUGUCCAAUACUGAUGGUAAUCGUGUAAAUUUUAAAGUGACUAACUGUAUUCUGUACACCCAAACCUUGACAUUCUCAGGGCUCUACCCUAUUCAAAUUAUCAGAUGAUACUGCUCUUAUCACAGAUAGUGAAGAGGCAUUACAAAAACUGGUUAACAAAUUAGUGGAAAGAGGUGAAGAAUAUGGGUUAAGAGUUUAAUGUUGUAAAGACGAAACUAAUGGUUGUAUUCAAAUUGGAAAUAAAUCCUAAAUUAAGAAUUAUGAUAGGCAACAAACUUAACAAAUAGAUAAUUUUAUGUAUUUGGGAAGUAACCUUAAUGUAUUGGUAGAUGUGCGAAAGAAAUUAAAACAAGUAUAGGUCAAGCAAAAAACAGCAUGUAAUAAUAACCUAAAAGACCUCAUAAAAAGGGACAUUCACUUAAAUUUAAGAAAAAUUCUGCUGAAAUGCUAUACUGUACUGUAUACUGUAUUUGGUCAGGUCUGUUGCAUGGGUCAGAAGCGUGGACAAUUUCAGCAGACACCAGAAAAGUUAGAGGCCUUUGAAAUGUGAUGUUACAGGAGAAUGUUAAAAAUGAGUUACACCGACAGGAAAACAAAUGAAGAAGCACUAAGAUUGGCAAAAACUUAGAGAAAUACUUGAAAUUAAAAAAAAAAAGUAAAAUGAGAUACUUUGG